UGAAUCAUCAAGAAGAAGCCUCGGUUGCGUCAACUUGUGAGGUAGUUGACGUAUCAGUUCAUCCUCACAACGCUGGAGCUGAGGACGGCCGUGGAUCAGCCCAGCGUCUAACGGUACAACGGCCAACCCCGAGCAGAUCCCCUUCACCUCCUGCCUCCGGUUUUUUACCGGCAAGUCAGCCAGCAACCACCAAAGCAGGAAUUCCGAGGCAGUGCAUGACUUGGACCAGAGAAAUGAACAUCGAUGUCAUGCGUUGCUUCUAUAGAGCAACACGACUAGACACCAACGCAUCAGGGUACAGAUUCCACCUACGCCAAUUGUUCCUGGCAGCGUACCCUGAUCUAACUAAUGACACUGAACAGAGGCUAGUGGAUCAGAAACGGGUAAUCGUCAACAACAAGAAAUUAACUGUGCAGGAGAUCGAGGAAAUAAAGAGAGAAGUUGCUCAUGAGUUACAUAUCGCAUCUACUCCUAUGGAGGCGGACAUUAUCAUCACGCCAUCAUCAGUCGAUGAAUUCUCUCGUCAUGCUAGGGAUGGGGUGGUGUCCCCUAGAGCGUAUCCAAUUCAUAGGUUUGUCGAUUCAGCGGAUAGUGUACCAAGUUUUGAAGACACGAUGGAACUGGAAACUCGUGAGAAGAUUAGAUUCUUCAGAGACAAAUGGAGAGGGAGUAAUCCAAAUCUAAGGCCAGCAAUUCCAAAACUUUGGAUGAAUAGGAUGUGCAAAGACCGCAUAAAGAUUAUUAAUAAUAAGAUCAUUAAUGAACUCAUCUCAGAGGAGGCGGAUCUCGAAGAAAUCCACUUAGUCGUCUACGCUUGUGCCUGCACUGUCACAGUUUUAAAUGGCCAGAAGUUAAGGUCGCAGGGUGAGCAAUUUCCAAAAAGAAGGAGGAAACCUGCCUGGCAACUGAGACUCGAGAAAAAGAUCGAGAGAUUGCGGAAGGAAAUUGGUCGAACCACUCAGUACUUAAGAGGUGUCAGAACCAAGAAAUUGGAGAAAGAGAUUAGUCUUAUCAUCAGGGACAAAAGUAAGACCGUCGCGGAAACCCAAGAGAUUUCGAGGAUGAAACUCGCUGUUUACGCAGCUCGCCUUCGAAGGUAUAACGAGUCCAAUGAUAGAAAAAACCAGAAUGCCCUCUUCAAUAGAAAUGAAAAGGCCUUCUACAGGAAUCUGACCUCGAAGGAGGUACCAGUUACACCACCUAAGAAAGAAGAAGUGACCGCUUUCUGGAAACAUCUCUGGUCUAAUCCUGUGCAGCAUCGGGAGGGUGGUGAAUGGAUUGAAAAAGAGAUUUCCCGGCAGGAAGCCGGAGCAGACAAACCAUGUUAUCACUGUAAAUGA